AUGAUCGCCUCGACGACAACGGCAAUGCUCCGCUCAGGCGUCACCCGCGGCGGAUGCGCCCUGCAGCCCAUCCUCCUGCGCAGCACCACCAGCUGCCCCUACUCGACCAUCACAGCCGCCUCGCCCUUCGCGAGCGUGCGCUCCAAGCUGUCCGACCCCUCCUCCACCACACCCGCCCCCGCCGGCACCAGGCCCUCCUCAUCCUCCUCGCCCAUCCUCACAAUCCGCCGCCCGGCCACAAGACCAUCACCAGCGGCGCGCCGACAUGCCUCCUCCUCCUCCUCCUCCUCCUCGACACGAGACCAUGACGCGGACGCCGCGGCCGCCUUGCGCGCGGCGCAGCGGGCCGAGGCGUACGCGAAGUCGAACCCGGACAUGCCCCCGCUGGACUGGAACUCGUUCUUCCAGCUGCGCAAGACGCGGCGCCGGUGGCAGGUGGGCUUCAGCGCGAUCAUGUCGCUCGGGUGCGGCACGGCCGGCGCGCUGGUGCUCGGGUCAGGGGCGGCCGACUCGCUGACCGGCCAGAUCCCGCUCGACCCCAUCCUGACGCUGGGGCUCAUCACGCUGGGAUGCAUCGCCAUGGGGUGGGUUGUCGGGCCGAGUGUUGGGAAUGCCGUUUUCUACCUGAUUAAGCGCAAGUAUAAGGCGCCCAUGACUGUGAAGGAGAGCCAGUUCUUUGCCCGGAUCAAGAAGAACCGCGUCGACCCCUCCAACUCCUCGACCGGUAACCCGGUGCCUGACUUCUACGGCGAGAAGAUAUCCAGCGUCGCUGGCUACAGGCAAUGGCUGAAGGACCAGAGGGCGUACAACAAGAAGAGGACCACCUUCAUAUGA